AUAUAUAUAUAUAUAUAAGGCACUAUUAAACUUGCCCUAUACGAGCUAACGAAUUGUUUCGUAGCAGGACAAUCGAUAAGCAUGCAAUUAUCGUGAUUUACUGUGGGCAAAUUAAAUUUCUUACUCAAGUAGCCGCCUAUUUCUGCUGUGGUACAUUUGUCACCCGAUAAUAACGUUAUCUUAUAGGUCAGCUUUCGCAGAAACAAAAUGUCUGGUCGCCGUUUUCAUGACCCGAUUUCGCCCAACAGAUACGGAUACUAUUAGAAAAGCCUGGUACGGUUCGUUCGGUAAACAGCAGUACAUGUAAACCAACAACGAUAUUCCUCGGAGCGAUUGCGCUCGUGAUGGGCUCGGUGUUGGCAGCUGAAAGCCCUCCAAAAUCAGGGACAAAUUCAGAACAAAACGCCGCCAUCGAUGUAGUAGAUUCGUUAUUAAUGGUCACUAGUACGGCAAUGCCUGCAUCCCUGCCGGAAAGCACUGCGUUAAAAGUUGCCGAACCCUUACCUAUUGCCGAGGCUCACGUUUCGGCUCAGAUCCAGAUGGCUUCUGCCGGUAGCGAUCAAAUCCACAGCGGAGGUCCAAAGUUUCGAAAGGCUGCAGAAAGCUCCACUAGAGAGAUGCCGGCUACUUCUACGGUGUCGCCUACGGCAUUUCUUGUAAACGACAAUGCUCGAGACAACCGCGAUCGUUUCUAUCCAGAGACUCGCUAUGACAACCGUUACCCGGACUACCGCCAUGAUAACCGUUUUGACAACCGUUACCCGGACUACCGUUAUGAUAAUCGCUAUGACAACCGAUACGCUCCGGGCGUUGGUGGCAGCGGCAACUAUGGGGUCUACGGGCCCGGAUCCGCCUAUCGGAACGCGCUGGUAAGCAACGUCGACCGUCGUUUCUAUCGGGGCUACAAUCCAUAUUACAACGAAGCUUGGAGACGAAAUUUCUAUGACCCGUACUAUGAUCAACACGGUCCAUACUUCCUCAAUUACGGCAGGGAUGGACGGGCUUACGGAGAACGGCUACCGUAUCAUCCAUACGGCAACGAUUACUUCUAUCGACCGGACAGAAUUGACCCAUAUCGAUUCGGCUAUUCGACCGAUAAACUUGGCCGUGGGUUUGGAUACUCAUGCAAGGAUGUGUUCGAGUGUCAAGAUCUGAAGAACCGAGAGGAUGCUGCUCGCGAAGCUCAGCGACGAUCAUAUGGGCCACCAGCGCCAUUGUACAACCAGCCAUACCAUCCCUCGCCGGCCCCAUACCAACCGUCCUCAGCGACCUAUCGGGUUCCGUAUGAAAACGCCAACCUUUGGUAUCUGCCAACCGCCACGCCGAGUUCAGGCCGAUCGGUAACGUAUUUCUCCCAGGACCGUUAUGAUCCAUACAUCGGGGGCUACUACAGCGAUAUGUAUGCCGGCUACCCGGGUUACGCUCCCUACUUUAAUGACCGAUACCGUGACUACUCUCGGGGAAAGAAGAAAUAGAAGGAAGACUACAAGGUUUUUCGUCGUUUAAGAACUAGAAAAGUUAGCUAUACUCUUGAAACUUGACGUUGCGUCGAAAUAUUGACCAGACUCAGUAUUCGUCAAUAAUUGCUUGGACUAGGUUUCUUCGGAAUGAGUUUUUGUCACUUGGCUGAAUAAGCGGGCAGAACCAAGAUUGCCGAACGUACUUAGAGCGAAUCGGGAGAACGCAACUACGAUAAAAUUAGCGUACGAUUUUGUGGUGAAAAUCGCGUGCUUUAGCCACGAGCGCAAAGCUUAUACGGUAGAAGAAAAUGAAAAUAUAUGAUUGAGUUUGCGACCGUC